GGCAAUAGUCAAAAGCAAGCAAGUCGAGGCCAACACGGUCACAGGCGAACGCGAGGCCAGCACGAGGCAGAUAUAUAUUAUCAUAGCUGAUCUUGAGCAAGUACAUAUACUAAAGUAAGGAUGCCGAAGGCGCACCCACCUCCGGGAAGUCCAUUGAAGCCGCAGUGCCGAAGAGACUACGUCCCUGAGCAGGGUCUGGACGACUGGGGUCUCACGUCUGAGCAGCAGGACACAUAUGUGGAGUUGUUCCGGCGGCAACUGGUGGAGAAGGACCCCGAGCUGUGGGACCCGGAGAAGCAUGACUAUUACACUCUGCGCCGCUUCCUGCGCGCGCGCACCUACAAUCUGCAGCUGGCGACUGAGAUGUGGGUCAACCACAUCCAGUGGUGCCGCGACCUGGACAUAGACAACCUGCUGCAGAACUUCAACUUCCCGGAGCGCGAUGAGAUCCUCAAGUAUUUUCCCCAGGGCUAUCACAAAGUAGACAAGCAGGGCCGGCCUGUGUACGUGCAGCAGGUGGGCGGCCUCAACAUCGCGCAGCUCAAGAAGGUGGCGGACGAGGACAGGCUGUUCAUGUUCCACCUGUUCGAGUACGAGCGGGUGUGCAAGGUGGUGCUGCCGUUCUGCUCGCGGCUGGCGGGGCGCAAGAUCGAGACCACCUUCAACAUCAUGGACGUCAAAGGCAUGGGUCUGAGCCAGGUGACGGGGGACGCGCUCAAGAUGUUCCAACGCAUCGCCAAGGCCGAUCAGGACAACUUCCCCGAGAUGCUUGGCCACAUCUGCAUCAUCAACGCGCCCGCCGUGUUCCGACUCAUCUGGAACAUGGCCAAGGGCUUCAUCGACGUGCGCACGCAGGGCAAGAUCGAGAUCCUGGGCGCCAACUAUAAGUCGGAGCUGCUGAAGUGGAUCGACGAGGACUCGCUGAUGGCCAUGUUUGGCGGCAGCAGCGCAGGCACCCUGGCGGAGGACGUGGGGCCCUGGAACGACCCCGAGCUCAUGGCCAGUGUGGGGCUGGACCUGGAGGAUCUCAAGCACGGCAUCAUCCCCCGCCCCGCCGCGCCCAUCGACCGCCCCUACAACCUCAUCUUGCAGCAGCAGCAGCAGCAGCAGCAGGCGGAGGCCGAGGCGGGGGCCACGGCAGUGAAUGCCACGGCCGGGGCAGAAGGCGGCUUCAUGGUCAGGGACAACCCCGAAUUCGGGGCGGAGGACGACCACCCCCACAACGCGGCAGGCAGCGCCCCUGCCCCCCGCGGCAUGAACACCGCAGCUCCCCGCUCCGCCUCCACAGCCGGGCCAGCCGGCGCCGCCCCCACGACCCUUCCAUCGCCAACAGCACCGGCCCUAGCCAACGGCGGUCCUCAGGGCCACGGGGAGCUCUACAAACUGCUGGCCGCCAAGCAGGCGGCGCUGCGACACCAGCUGACCGUCACGGCCGCAGGCCUGAAGGCGGCCGCCGCCACAACCGCCAACGGCGGCCACGGCAGCAUGGCCGCUGCGUCGGCGGCUGGUGUCGGGUCGGCGGCGGAUGACGCGCUGCUGGCUGGCGAUGCGCCGAUGGGGCAGGGCGUGGGCGAGGGCAGCGUGUUGCACCGCAUGCAGGUGUUGGAGCGUUCUCUGGCGACCAUGAUGGAGGCCCAGGCGCUGACCAUGCAGCAGCUGGCGGCGCUGGCGGCGGCGCACAAGGAGGCGGCGGCGCGGCAGGGCGGCGCGGCGGCGGCGGCGCAGGCGGCAGCGCGCGCGGCCGCGGCACCGCCGCCGCAGCCCAAGUGCGGGUGCAGCAUCAUGUGAUUGCAAUAUUCGUGAUCCAGCGGUGUGAAUAUGUGUAUGCGUACCGUAAUGUCUAACUAUGUGCGUAUGUCUAACUGCAUGCGUUUGGACAGAUUUAUGAGCAAAGUACGGGGAAAAGGGGGAAAUGAAUCUGGGAGUCUGCGAGCCCCAGUUGUGCAUGCGUGUACAUGUGUGUGACUGCAUUGCGCCGUGCCUGGGCACGGGCCUGGGUCGUGAAGGGCAGGGCACCUGAUUAAGGUGCGUGCGACACAGCGCGCGCCUGCAUACUAUGUUUUGCUGGCAGUGGCGUUGCAGGCAGAGCAGCGCGGGUAUGCGUGCUCUGGUGUCAUAUUCUUGAGUUAUUGACUGACUACCGUGCUGAGGAUCUGGCUUGACUCACUGGAUCUGGCUCACGUUGCAAACGCCUGCAUGAUAAGACUGCCUCGUGUGCUGCAUGCAAGGCAAAUAGCCAUGCCGCAUCCACCGGGGUCAGCAGGAUGGCAAAGCAGAUGCGCAUCAGGGUAGAUCAGGGCUUUCGCUUGUGGAACAUGUGCGGGCUGGGGCUGCGGUGUGGGACGGUGUGGGACGAAUAACGUUGUGAUGAGCAAAGUGGAUUGCGUCGAAGCAGUGGGCAGGCGGGCUGCGUUGGCCUACGAGCUCCUGACCUGUAAGCCAUAGCGGCCUGACUACCGUACUUCGUGACCUGGGCGCAGAUACCAGUGUGCAGCUGGAUUCGUGAAGUCCCAGGCGGCUGGCAUGACCCCGUAUCUGAUGAGCUGGUUGGCAUGACACACAGCUGUAACAAAAACGGUCG